CGUUUCCCCCUCUGACCUCGCGGCUUAAUCCGGGCAAAGGCCUCCCCCCCCCUCCACUUUCCGAUCUCUUUCCCCAGGCCGAUCCCUUCUGGGGGGAAUAGAUCGCAGAGGAUCCGUCGCCUCUCCCCCUCCCCACUCCAACUGUGUGUGUGUGUGUGUGUGUGUACGUGAGCAUCCUUCACUCACAUGCACACGCUCGCUGGCUUCUAGUGGUACAAUUCAUGCCAACUCGGAAGCUGCCGGGUUUUUUUUUUUUUUUUUUGGAACCUAUACAUAAAGAAAGGAUAAGGAAGCGAUUUGCUUUUUGAACCCCCCGCCCCGAAAAUUAAUUCGGCUGAAGGGAAGAGAGCGAGCGAGCGCAAUGGCUCAUCCCACCAGCGGGACCUGGUAAAGGGAGGGAGGGAGAGACGGAGCGGGGGGGGGGGGCUCUCUCUCUCUCCACCACCUUCCACACUACAAAUCACUAAAUAAAGAAGGGGACGGAUUUGUCUACGACUGAGGAAAGGGGGCGGGAGAGUGUGUGUGUGUGUGAUGGUGGUGGGGGGCUGAAAAGAGAGAGAGAGAGAGAGAGAGAGAGAGAGAGAGAGAGAGAGAGAGAUGAGUCCUUCAAAUUCGCCGAUCCCAAACCCGCCGAGCCCAGGCAGCUUCUCGUUGCUGGAUACAGCAGUGUCUUCUCUCAAAAUGAUGCUGCGGACACUACUACUCCUAUCCCUCAUCCAGGGUACUAGCCAAAAAAGUGAUGAUGAUUAUGAAGAUUAUACUACCAACAAAACCUGGGUGUUGACUCCCAAAGUCCAUGAGAGUGAUGUUACUCUCAUUUUAAAUGGUCUGCUGGAGGGGUAUGACAACAAACUGAGACCAGAUAUAGGAGUGCAACCAACAGUAAUUCACACUGAUAUGUAUGUCAAUAGCAUUGGCCCAGUGAAUGCAAUCAAUAUGGAAUACACAAUUGAUAUAUUUUUUGCCCAAACCUGGUAUGAUAGACGACUAAGAUUCAACAGCACUAUAAAAGUUCUGAGGUUGAAUAGCAACAUGGUGGGGAAGAUCUGGAUUCCUGAUACAUUCUUUCGAAACUCAAAAAAAGCAGAUGCACACUGGAUAACAACACCCAAUCGAAUGCUUAGGAUCUGGAAUGACGGCAGGGUUCUCUACACCCUCAGACUGACAAUAGAUGCAGAGUGUCAACUACAGUUACACAAUUUUCCAAUGGAUGAACACUCUUGUCCCUUGGCAUUUUCAAGCUAUGGCUACCCAAAGGAAGAAAUAAUCUAUAUGUGGAAACGCAGUUCCGUGGAAGUGGGAGAUACUAGAUCCUGGAGGCUCUAUCAGUUCUCAUUUAUUGGACUUAGAAAUACAACUGAAGUGGUUCCAACAACAUCAGGAGAUUAUGUGGUGAUGGCGGUCUAUUUUGAUUUAAGCAGAAGGAUGGGCUAUUUCACCAUUCAAACGUAUAUCCCCUGCACGCUCAUUGUAGUGCUCUCCUGGGUUUCUUUCUGGAUUAAUAAGGAUGCUGUACCAGCCAGAACAUCUUUGGGUAUUACAACUGUCCUGACAAUGACCACUCUCAGUACCAUUGCUCGCAAAUCUCUUCCCAAAGUCUCUUAUGUGACAGCAAUGGAUCUCUUUGUAUCAGUUUGCUUCAUUUUUGUUUUUUCUGCAUUGGUGGAGUAUGGGACUCUUCAUUAUUUUGUUAGUAACAGAAAGCCAAGCAAGGAUAAAGACAAAAAGAAGAAAAAUCCUCUUCUUCGGAUGUUUUCAUUCAAGGCACCAACAAUUGAUAUCCGCCCAAGGUCAGCGACGAUUCAAAUGAACAAUGCGACACACCUCCAAGAGCGGGAUGAAGAGUAUGGCUAUGAGUGUCUUGAUGGCAAGGACUGUGCGAGUUUUUUCUGCUGCUUUGAGGAUUGCCGAACAGGAGCUUGGCGGCAUGGAAGGAUACAUAUUCGUAUUGCCAAAAUGGACUCCUAUGCCCGCAUAUUCUUCCCCACGGCCUUCUGUUUGUUUAAUCUGGUCUACUGGGUAUCUUACCUUUACCUUUAAACAAGCAGAAAGGAAGUUGAUGACAUGAGCCUUAUUGUUGGGAUUUUAUUAGAAGAUUGGUUUCCUGUAUUAAUUCACUUCAGUGCCAUGAUAUAGUGGCUUUGGUGCAUAUGAGGGGACUUAAAAUAAACACAUGGACUAUCCUGCAGGCAGGAGCCAUCCCAUUCUCUUCUGCCCCAGGGAAUGCGCUGCACAUAUAUCAUUAUCCAUGCAUAGCAUUCCUUGACCUAAGGAGGGAAUGGCUCAGCCCUGGUCUGUUGAGCAUCAAAGUUUCAUGAACUUUUCAAUUUUAUAACAUGCUUUGCAGUGAUCUGAAUCCUUUAAUGCCAUAACUCAGUAAAUAACAACCAUCAGAUUAUUUGUUGAAGGCUACUGUAACACUAUUGUGACCUGGAUGAUAUCAUUCUUCAUUUUUAAGUGCUAUGAUCCAACAAAGAGCCAGGAUUAUAUUGAAGGCCACGUGAAUCUCAGAGGAACCACGAAGAGAGGAUCCACACCAACUCUUGAGGUUUGGGUGUCAGCAUUUCAGUUAUAUAUGACAGCAGGCACAAUCUGAGAUAAAUGCUGUCUUGUGCAUUAGCACUAACUAUAAAUGUGUGAUAUCUUUUGUCCUCUGUAGGCUUUUCUUUUUGGAAGAGUCAUCUUUCACUUCAGAUCAAUGAAACUAGUCAGUGGGGAGAAGGCAGCUUUUCUUCUCACCCAAAUUAAAAAAAAAAAAAAAGGAACUGCUGGGUGUCCUUCCUUAGAGCACAUGUACAAACAUUGUAAAUAUUUCACUAGCUUGUAGCACUUGGAUCUAGUGCAUGAAGAUUUUU